GUUAUUUCUAGGUUUGGAUCCUGUUUUUUUUUUGCUUGCGAGAUCGCGUGACUGUGAAGUGCUGAGGAUGUAAAAAAGUAAGCAGAGAAGUUGGUUGCAAAUCUGUAUUUUGCGAAGAUCGUCACUACGAGUGAGACCAGAAAGAAAAAAUGUCUUCCUUGUCGUCUUCAUCGUCACUCCUUGCAGCGUCUUCGCGACGCACCCUUGCAGCCUCAUCUGCCAGACGAGUUCUGGUUCUUUUACCAUCACAAGGUGGACAGCAUCCACCUCAACGGCGCCUUUUCCACUUCCAGUCAGCAAGAAGAAGAUUUGUCGCAGUUUCUACGUCUCCCUCUUCGUCCAUGCAGAAGCUUGAAGAGCUAACACAGCAGAUUGUGAAUGCUAGUGCUGGUGCGUCAAGUUCAAGUAGACCUUCAUCAGAUGGCAACAUGUUGGUCAACAUUCCUGCUCAAGAAUCUUCACGCGCAACCGGCUCAUCUAUGAUCUUUCCACGGUCUGCAACCAGUACCGAACUGGCGGGCUUUGUGCCUCGCGCACCGCGCGUUAGUGAGAAACCGAAAAAGACGAAUUUUACUGCGAAAGUGCUGUUCUUUUUCUUCGCAUGUCAUGCUUUGCCUGUGGCUUUUGCUAUUCGAUAUUACAGGAAGCGGCGCGACGAAAGAUUUGCGAAUACGCUUUUAGCACUACCCGACACAGCGGAAGCAGUAGCAAUGGAAGCGGCACGUAAAAUAUUCAUAAUGAAUGGACACCUUAAUCUGAAAUUCCGUUCAUAGUCGCGAUUAUCCCUAUAAUUCUUCUUGUGAACGAAAACCACUGUGGUAUGAAUACACCAUUAAUUCCAGCAAUUCCCUAUAAGAGAGCUGAAAUUGUCUACGCCACGACAGGUGUCGCCCGAUCGAGCACGAAUGCUUUCCUACUGACGGCACACGGUAUGCAGAGGAUCGACUGUGCCGCACCUGAACCGGUUCGGGUUGUGCCAAGAUCGUCUUCUGCCGAUUAUAGUGCAACAGAUACAAGAACAACAACAACUAAUAGCACGACUAAUGAAGAACAAGAUCUUCUCGCCUCUAUGGUCCCUGAAGACGUCGCUGCGUUAUUUUCCCACGUCCCCGACCCAGAACAGCAACGACGACCACUCCGACAGGUGCAUUUUGUGUUGGAGAGUAGGGCACAGCUACCAGAAGACAGACGUGCUAGUGUUUUCUACAACAGUGCACUGAGGCAUGCGUAUGCGACAGUGAAGGGGACGGUGAGCGUAGUGGAGGAUCAAGAAUUGAAGAGUUACUACACUUAUUCGGGACCAUUGUCCUUGUCAGUAGGUGGGAAGAAGAUCCUUUGCAAGUUCGUACCCGACGAAGUAGAAUUAAAGACGUUCAACCAGGAGGAACAAUGGCACUCGAGGAGGUUGAAACUGGAGGGAGACGAUAAGUGGUGUUUACAGAUGCAAUAAACUAAAACUUGUUGUAAGUAAUGGACCGACAUGGACAUGAUUGAAGAGGACGGCAUUUUUGAGGAUCGUUUGUAGCAUCCCUGUACUAGUAUGAGACUCUUCUUAUUUCGGUACAGAAAUAUUAGUUCUAACGCAUAUUGCUUUAUAGUGAUAUUCUCAUGGUUCCCCUAGUGCAGAAAAACAUGCACACUUCAAGACCAAGACGAAGCAAGCUUCUGUGAAACAAACAAGGAGUGGACAACUGAGCACUUCAGCGAGGGGCGAGGGAAAUUGAUUUUUUUGCACAUACUUACUCAGAUGAAGAGGAGCGAGGACAGAAAAAG